CAGUCAUGAAUUUAUUGAAAUUUCUUUAGAAUUUUCUAGCUGAGAAUACGUGCAUAAAUACUGAAUAUUUGAGGUGAUGAAGUGAUGAGACAAUGGCGCUUUGGAGGCAAAUGGAAAUUAUAAAAGUGUUAUAAAGCAAAAAUUAUGCAAUUCGUGUCGAAAUGAAGUGUUUAUUUUUAAUCAACACAAAAUUGCAGUUUAAUUGAGCAGCAACUAACCGAAGAUUAUUGUGAAAUUUGUGCAGAUUUUUGGAAAAAUUGUGGUGCAAAAACGAUUUGGAAAAAUGGUGCAUUCUGUUGAUGUGUCUACUAUUGCUGGAACCAGUGACAUGGACCAAACAAAACGCACAAAGCCUUCCACACUGCGCCGCACAUUGAACGCGCUGCGGCAACGUUUAACACGACGUAGUCGCUCCAAACCGCCCGAUUGGUUUCUCGAGAAAUUUUCCAAUACCAAUAAUGUCGAUAAAAUUGGCAAGACCACAGCCAGCACAAUAACAGCUGCCGCAGCGGCUAGUGAAGAGGGCGCUGCCAGCGGUCCAACUGCGACAAACACUCCACCUGCCGAUGAAGGUCUUUCCAGCGAAAUACGUGGCACCAGUCGGCUGUGUAAUCGGCUUUCGGUGAAUCCAACACUGCAGUCGCAUUAUAGGUGGCUAGGCAUCGUAUCUUUAGCUGUACUGUAUAAUAUUAUAUUCGUUGUGGGGCGUUCCGUUUUUUGGGAGAUCAAUCAACGUGCCCCAACCGCAUGGUACUUUCUAGACUACCUUUGUGAUCUUAUAUAUCUCGUGGAUACGCUGGUGCAUAUGCAUGAGGGCUACUUGGAUCAGGGUCUGCUGGUGCGUGAUGCCUACAAGUUGCGGCGCCACUACUUCCAUGCCAAAGGUUGGUCCAUCGAUGUAUUGUCGAUGUUGCCCACCGAUAUCGCCUAUAUUUGGUGGUCGCCAAAUUCAUGUAGUGCCAAAAUGCUGCCCUGCCCCGUGAUAGUACGGCUAAAUCGUUUGUUGCGUGCGCCGCGUCUGUGGGAGUGGUUCGAUCGUACGGAGACGGCUACUGGUUAUCCGAAUGCUUUUCGCAUUUGCAAAGUGGUGCUCGCUAUUCUGGUGCUGAUCCAUUGGAAUGCUUGCAUGUACUUUGCGAUUAGUUAUGCCUUAGGUUUCGGCACGGACAAUUGGGUGUACAAUCUGAACGGUUCGCGGAACAGUACAUUACAAAGGCAGUAUAUUUAUAGCUUUUAUUGGUCUACAUUGACCUUAACGACGAUCGGUGAGACACCAACGCCCGAAAACGAUGCGGAAUACUUGUUCGUGGUGGCGGAUUUUUUGGCUGGUGUGCUGAUAUUCGCUACUAUAGUGGGCAACAUCGGUUCCAUGAUUUCGAACAUGAAUGUGGCACGCGUCGAGUUUCAAAAUCGCAUGGACGGCGUCAAACAGUAUAUGGCUUUCCGCAAAGUUGGUCACGAGUUGGAGGCGCGUGUGAUACGUUGGUUUGCCUACACUUGGUCGCAGAGUGGAGCGCUGGAUGAAGAACGCGUACUAGCCGCACUGCCGGACAAAUUGAAAGCGGAAAUCGCCAUACAAGUGCACAUGGACACACUGAAACAGGUGCGCAUUUUCCACGACUGCGAACCCGGACUGCUGGAGGCACUAGUGCUGAAACUCAAACUGCAAGUGUUCAGUCCGGGUGAUUAUAUUUGCCGGAAAGGCGAUGUCGGCAAAGAGAUGUACAUAGUGAAACGCGGCAAAUUGUCGGUAGUGGCAGACGAUGGCGUCACUGUAUUUGCAACACUCGGCGCCGGCUCAGUGUUUGGCGAGGUGUCGGUGCUGGAGAUAGCGGGGAAUCGCACAGGCAAUCGACGUACGGCCAAUGUGCGUUCACUAGGCUACUCGGAUCUCUUCUGUCUGGCGAAGCGUGAUUUGUGGGAGACGCUGGCCGAUUAUCCGGAAGCGCGCGCCACACUCACAGAACGUGGCUGCCAGUUGCUACGCAAAGAUGGAUUAUUGGACGAAAGUGUUUUUGCGGAUUCGCAACGCGCACACGACAGCAUUGAAAGUGGCAUUGAGAAAUUGGAGAUGUCGGUGGAGAACUUAAAUGUGCGGUUAGCGCGUUUGCUCGCCGAGUAUACAGCAAGUCAGGCAAAACUUAAGCAGCGGCUGGCGAAACUGGAAUCAAACUAUCAAUUAACAGCCAACUCCAAUGCGGGCAUUAGCGCAACCGAGCCUCAAACACGUCCGCGCAGCGGGCGACUCUACUCGCUGCAACCGAAAAAGCGAACACGGCAAAAACGUUUGAUGGCAUCUACCCAGUCCAACGACAGUAAACAGAAUACAUUGUAAAUGUAUUGAUGCGAUGCCGCGUGUGGUGAUGCAAAGCAGGCGUGUAGCGUUUCCGUGCCAAAAGCAAAACCAAAGCCAGCCAAUGCCAACGUGAAAGCAAACAACAACGGGCAACAAAGAAUAAACGAAUUUCAUUGCAAGCAGUACGACAAAAUAAGAGUUGGCAACAAAUGCCAAUGACGCGCACAGAAAUAAGGAGAAGCGCGCAAAUGAAUCACUUUUCUCGCGCGCGUGUGGGGAGCUGCUUAGCCACCAAUUGCGGUACUUUGCGACUGCUGCCUGUGCUCUACUUACUUCACUGUGGCGAAUGUCGUAUUUCACCGUUGCUUUUGUGGUUUUUGCUGAAGUUGCUAAUUUUAAAAUUCGUCCUCUAAGCUAAGUGUGGUGAUUGGUUCACUAUUACACCGCCCUUCACCCCACUACACCUUUUUCUUCAGUCAACUUUUACGUGCCGAUGCGCUUAGAUGCGAUACUAAAUGGUGAUAAAUGAAUUGAAAUUCACAAAGUUAAGAAAAUUGUAAGUUUACAGUAAAAUGAGAGUAGGAAGAUAACAA